AGUGGGGGAAUCAGAUCUCCAGACUCUCAGUCGGAGUAGGAGUGUUGAGAGGUGAUUCGUGAUCAUGAGGCUGCAGGCACCCAGCGCUCUGUCUGCUCUCCUCCUCUCGCUGCUGGCCGCUGCGAUCGCGACCGUGGAGGAGGCCCCGGGGGAGUCCGUCUCCAAUCGCUCCUUCAGCGGAGAGUCGUGGCUGGAGAGGUACGGCUACCUCCCGGCGAAGGGCGCCGGACUGGGCACCUACCGCUCGGCCGAGACGCUCUCGUCAGCCGUGGCAGCCAUGCAGCAGCUGUACGGCAUCCCCGUCACGGGAGACAUGGACGAGCUCACCUUGCGGUGGAUGAAGCGGCCCCGCUGUGGGGUUCCCGAUCGCAUCUCCCGGGGGGGCGGCGACGCGGCGGCGGCGGGGUCAACGCGACGGCGCAAGCGCUUCGCCGUCAACGGCCUCAAGUGGAGUCACCGGCACAUCACCUACAACAUCCACAACUACACGCCCAAGGUCGGCGAGUACGAGACACGGCAAGCGAUCCGCCAGGCUUUCGACAUCUGGCAAACGGUGACCCCCCUGACCUUCCACGAGGCGGCGGGGCACGAGGUGGACAUCAACAUCUUCUUUGCGUCGGGGCAGCACGGAGACAACUCUCCGUUUGACGGCGUUGGGGGCUUCCUGGCGCACGCCUACUUCCCCGGGCCGGGUAUCGGCGGAGACACGCACUUCGACGACGACGAGCCCUGGACCAUCGGCGACCGCGACUACACCGGGAACGACCUCUUCAUCGUCGCCGUCCACGAGCUGGGCCACGCAUUGGGCCUGGAGCACUCCAACGACCCCACGGCCGUCAUGGCGCCCUUCUACCAGUACAUGGACACGGAGGACUUCCGCCUGCCCUACGACGACUUGCUGGGCAUCCAGCAGAUCUACGGGCCCCCCGACGCACCCCCAACGGUGGCCCCCCACAAACCGAAACCCCCGAGCAAGCCGGAGAAACCCAGGGACCCCAAGCCCCCCAAGACGAAGCCGGAGCGGAAGCCGCCUCACCACCCGCGGCACCCUGCGCCUCCCCGUGCCCCUCCGCGGCCCGGGUCCGAGCCGGACAUCUGCGCCGGGAAGUUCGACACCCUGGCGCGCCUCCGCGGGGAGCUCGUCGUCUUCAAGGACGAGUGGUUCUGGAGGGUGCGGGACGGCGUGGUGCUCAGUGGCUACCCCAUGCCCAUCGGCCACUUCUGGCAGGGCCUGCCGCACAGCGUGGACACCGUCUACGAGAGGCCCGACGGGAAGUUCGUCUUCUUCAAGGGGAGCAAGUUUUGGCUGUUCCAGGAGGGGACCUCUGAGCCCGGGUUCCCACGGCAACUGAAGGAGCUGGGCCGAGGUCUUCCCCGCGACCGCGUGGACGCGGCCGUGUGGUGGGAGUCCACCAGCACCACCUACUUCUUUAGAGGGGACCGAUACUGGCGGUUCGAUGAGGACAGCCGUGCGGUGGCCGAGGGAUACCCCAAGCCCCUCAGCCUCUGGGAGGGGGUCCCCUCUGGCACGCAGGCCGCCUUCCUCAGCCAGGACGGAGUGCACACGUUCUUCGUGAAGGGCGACCGCUACUGGAAGUUCAACAUCGACAAGAAGCGCGUAGAGAGCGGCUUCCCGCGCUCGCUGCUGCGCGACUGGAUGGGCUGCGACGGCGGGGGGGGCGGCGGCGGCCGCGGGACGGACGGCGACGACGACGACGACGGGAGGGAGGAGGAGGAGGACGAGGAGGAAGAGGAGGAGGCGGCCGAUGAGGACGAGGAGGGGGAGGUGGUGGAGGAGAUGGACCGGGGGCUGAACCCGCUGGUGUUUGUGCUGCCGUGCCUGCUGCUGCUGGGCGCGCUGGCGGGCGCGGUGGUCGUGCUGGCCGUGAGACGACGCAACGCCGCCAAGCCGCUGCGCUACUGCCAGCGCUCCAUCCGCCAGUGGGUGUGAGCGCCGCCGGCUCAGGCCGGCCGGCCCCGGCCGACCUGAGCCGGGGCCGGAGCCAACCCCGAGUCGGUGGCACGACGCGAGCCACGCGGCUCGCCGAGCCGCAGGCCGACCGGCGAUGAGGCUCGCCGGGUCAUCGGCAAUAGGGCUAACCGGCUAACUGGCCAGCCGACUCACCGGCGAUAAGGCUAACUGGCUAAACGGCAACCGGCUAGUUUAAUCGCCGGCGAUCUGGCUAAGCGGCUAACUGGCUAGCCAGCGCUCGGGCUAAGCGGGUCACCGUCCCGCCGGCUCUCUGCGCUCGCUCACGCAGGGCUUCCUUGCCGGCCGGGUCAGUCCCGGUUGGCACCCGACACACCACGCCCACUGUAUACCUCUGCACCGCGCCUCGUCGCACCGGCACGCGCAGUGAGCGUCGGUCGCUACAAUCAUGUCCCUGAGCCACAUUCCUAUGACGGGGACCAGUCUGCCGGUGCUUUUUAAAAAUAAAUAUAUAAGUAAGGGUACAUUGCGCAACUUGGUGAUGCGCAUCGCUCGUGAGAUUGAAAUGCGCGGGAAUCCAGAGGCGGCAGAGUGGCAGCCAGAAGCGACCAAUCGCGAGCGAGUAUAGAGUUCCGCUACCUUUAGGCACCGCGGUGGCUCAGAGAUGUCAACUACCUCGCCUGGUAUACAGGAGGUCGUGGGUUCGAUCCCGACCCUGCUGUAUAUUUGGAGUUUGCGUGUUUUCUCUCUCUCUCCCCGUGGUGGUCGCGUGGAUUUUUGUCCGGGUCCUCCGCUUUUUCCCUCGACGUUCAGGCCCAACAUCACGCGUUUAAGAUGAUUUGGCCCGCUGAUGCACAUUUCCACACUACUACGACGAUGAGCUAACAUUGUGGGGUAGCCAGGUGGGCUUCUGAAGAAGGGCGGCGUAGCUCACUUGGGCGCUUGCCGUGCCAAGUAAAAAUAGCGUAUCAUUUUAUAGUUUUGCCAAUAAUUCCGGCCCAAGGCCUAAGCGGGCGAGGGACGCAGAGCGGCGCGCGAGACAGCCGACUCGUCCACUUCAGUGUCUCGUCAUCACCGCCACGGCCCAUCCACUGCUGGUUCAACGCUUCCCCAAGCGGUCGCCAGCCAGCGGCGCCCGCCCGCCCGCCCGCCACCGAAUCGUCGGCGACGUCACCCGCGGCGCAUCGUGCCGGCCCGGGUACACCCCGAGGCUGUCGCGUGAGGUGUGGAAGGCCCGCCGCCGCCGGCGGGAGGCCGCGGGACGGAGCCGGGUGCCGCGGGGUGGACCGACCGAGGUGACCGACGCUCGGCGAGAGCCACGCGGCCGACCGCGUCAUUGACAGCCGCCGGGGGCGUGCAGCGGCGUGGACACGAGUUCACUCGGACGGCGAGGAGUCAAAUUGGUCAACGUGGAAAGCGCGGCGGCGGUCGGCGGUCGGUCGGCGGUCGGUCGGUCGGCGGGGACCGGAGUCUGGGAAACUUUGCCGGCUAGCCCAGCAACGCGGGACCGUGUCACCGACAACGAGGCCCGCUUCGUGCCGGCGUUGGAAGCCUGCUGGUCGGGCGCGGCUCGACUCCCAGCGCGGUGUAAAUAACGUUACCCCCCCUCGCUGAACCCCGGAGAGUCCCCGCCGGGUCCCAAGGCUCGCCGCCAAGGAGGGUCCGGCCACAUCGCUGAUGCUUCCCCGCUUCCCCCCCGUCGUGGGCAAGAGUUCGGCCUCCGCGCGUGUCCGUAUCCGUGUGCGUGUCCGUGUGUGUGUCCGUGUGUCCGUGUGUGUCGGGGGAGAGGGGUAGGGUGCUGGGGGGUGCGGGGUGGAGGGAAACCUGAGAAGCCCCCCCAGCAGCACUCCUCGCUAGACAACUUGAACGUGGGUUUUGCGAACGACACGCUUGCUGUACUGCCACCUCCCUCGAAUGUGCGGCCCGUGGUCGGUGUUGCACGCGAGUACAAUGCAAGUCUCCUCGUCCUCGGCGUGCGAGCGUGCGUGUGCGUGCGUGCGUGCGUUCGAGGGGUUCGCGUGUCUCUGCUUCGGUUUAAAUUGCUAAACGCCAUUGUACGGUGUUGGGCUGCGCGUUGCGUGCGCGUUUUAGUUUUUUUACAUUUUAGAUUUUGUAUCUUUAGUCAUCUUCUGUCUCACGUUGUCUUCAAUAAAUACAAAAACAGGGGCGGCUCGCCCCAAAGUAUC